UGCAGCACUGAUCUUGCUGAAUGCUGCUUUUUGUUGUUUAGAACCAGAUCGGUUUUGGAAGACCACACAAGAAGAUCACCUUUGUCGCCAAUGGAUUGGUCAACAACCUCAGCUCUUACGGAUCAGAUGUCUUCUCCAUGUGCAGUGGACUCACCACCUACAUGGCUUACGAAGUUCACGGACUCCAAGUGAAUCUGGGAUCAUGCAUUACCCUCGAUGUCCUGAGAGUCGUGGAUCUGCAGUACUGCACUGGCAAUGGCAAUGGACAGUUUCCUCAGACUCCUGGUGGCCUCCACAACGGCACGCAAGUCAUCAUUGGUGGCCAGUCCCAAAUCGUGACCAUCAACAGGCAAUGGCACGUGGCAAUCAUUGAGCAAAACACCAUCAGCGGGUCCUUUAAAACCAUCUGGAACUACAACACGGGCGUCAUUGCAACCAAAGUCACGCAACAGAACACCUGCUACAUUUCCAUCAUGAACAAAAGUGAGAUACCCAGCUUCAAUAAUCUGGCCCGCCUGGCACAAGAGAGCAGGAACCAGAUCGGUUUUGGAAGACCACACAAGAAGAUCACCUUUGUCGCCAAUGGAUUGGUCAACAACCUCAGCUCUUACGGAUCAGAUGUCUUCUCCAUGUGCAGUGGACUCACCACCUACAUGGCUUACGAAGUUCACGGACUCCAAGUGAAUCUGGGAUCAUGCAUUACCCUCGAUGUCCUGAGAGUCGUGGAUCUGCAGUACUGCACUGGCAAUGGCAAUGGACAGUUUCCUCAGACUCCUGGUGGCCUCCACAACGGCACGCAAGUCAUCAUUGGUGGCCAGUCCCAAAUCGUGACCAUCAACAGGCAAUGGCACGUGGCAAUCAUUGAGCAAAACACCAUCAGCGGGUCCUUUAAAACCAUCUGGAACUACAACACGGGCGUCAUUGCAACCAAAGUCACGCAACAGAACACCUGCUACAUUUCCAUCAUGAACAAAAGUGAGAUACCCAGCUUCAAUAAUCUGGCCCGCCUGGCACAAGAGAGCAGGAACCAGAUCGGUUUUGGAAGACCACACAAGAAGAUCACCUUUGUCGCCAAUGGAUUGGUCAACAACCUCAGCUCUUACGGAUCAGAUGUCUUCUCCAUGUGCAGUGGACUCACCACCUACAUGGCUUACGAAGUUCACGGACUCCAAGUGAAUCUGGGAUCAUGCAUUACCCUCGAUGUCCUGAGAGUCGUGGAUCUGCAGUACUGCACUGGCAAUGGCAAUGGACAGUUUCCUCAGACUCCUGGUGGCCUCCACAACGGCACGCAAGUCAUCAUUGGUGGCCAGUCCCAAAUCGUGACCAUCAACAGGCAAUGGCACGUGGCAAUCAUUGAGCAAAACACCAUCAGCGGGUCCUUUAAAACCAUCUGGAACUACAACACGGGCGUCAUUGCAACCAAAGUCACGCAACAGAACACCUGCUACAUUUCCAUCAUGAACAAAAGUGAGAUGCCCAGCUUCAAUAAUCUGGCCCGCCUGGCACAAGAGAGCAGGAACCAGAUCGGUUUUGGAAGACCACACAAGAAGAUCAGCUUUGUCGCCAAUGGAUUGGUCAACAACCUCAGCUCUUACGGAUCAGAUGUCUUCUCCAUGUGCAGUGGACUCACCACCUACAUGGCUUACGAAGUUCACGGACUCCAAGUGAAUCUGGGAUCAUGCAUUACCCUCGAUGUCCUGAGAGUCGUGGAUCUGCAGUACUGCACUGGCAAUGGCAAUGGACAGUCUCAUCAGACGAAUGACAACUGCCAUUUCUCUGGUGGGUGUGUUUAUCAAAAUAUGAGCAUCAGUGGUCAAACACACACGGCGAUUUUUGAGCAAAGGAGCAACCAGUUCUCAUGGAAAACCAUCUGGAACUACAACACGGGCAUCAUUGCAACCAAAGUGGUGCAACAGAACACCUGCUAUAUUUCCACCAUGAACAGAUAUGACAUGCCCAGCUUUGAUGCUCUCGUCACAUAUGCUUCAGAGAACAGGAACCAGAUCGGUUUUGGAAGACCACACAAGAAGAUCACCUUUGUCGCCAAUGGAUUGGUCAACAACCUCAGCUCUUACGGAUCAGAUGUCUUCUCCAUGUGCAGUGGACUCACCACCUACAUGGCUCAUGAAGUUCACGGACCCCAGCUGAAUCAGGGAUCAUGUAUCUCACUUGAUGUCCUUAAACUUGUGGACCUGAAUUAUUGUGGGGGCAAUAUCAAGGCCUGAAACUGAAUCUUUCUUCAGUCAAGUACAGAGGCUCUGAGCUGCUGCCCAAGGCAAACCAGGAUGACGUUCUU